AACGGAGAAUAGAACAGAUCUCGUUCUUUCUCUUUUUCUCUAUACGAAAAUAUUCUUAACUUCCAUUUCUCAAAAUUAUAUAUAUAUACAUGUAUUCUCGUAUAAAUUUCAACUUUUUCCUUUACGAAAAUGGAAAAUAUUUAAUUAAUAAUUUAUAAAUAAAAAAAUAACAAUCCGAAGAAGACGACCGACUCUCUCUCUCUCCUUCUUCGUUCGACCUUUUUUUCUGUUUUGCAGAGACUCAGAGCAAGAAAAUGUGAUGAAAAUGGGAGUAGCAAAGGCUUGGAGGUUUAGCUUCAUAUCGCCCAACCUGGCUGUUCUCCACACCCAAAAACCUCACAAUGCCACUGCCACCGACACCGCCACUCCCAAGCCCCUCGCCUGCUAUAGAUCCCCCAAUCCCUCGCCCUCCUCGUCUUGGUCACUCGUCUGUGGCCUUAUGCUCUUCGGCCUGGGCUUGAUUUCUCUCUUCACCGGUCAUGUCGCUUCUCAUCUCGAAUGGUACUCCAAUCGCCUUGGCAAGCCCUCUAUCUACUCCAAACUGGAUUUCGGACGUAGGGCGGCGCCCAUUGAUAUCUGGAAAUCAAAAUACUCCAACCAUUUCUAUGGAUGCAGUGAAAGAGGCCCUCGUUUCGCUCCCGCUACUCGCCAACGAUUCUCCAAUGGCUAUUUACUUAUUGCAACUAGUGGAGGGCUGAAUCAACAAAGAACAGGAAUAACAGAUGCUGUGGUUGUUGCGCGAAUUCUUAAUGCUACAUUAGUUGUGCCAGAGUUGGAUCAUCAUUCCUUUUGGAAGGAUGAUAGUGACUUUGUUGACAUUUUUGAUGUCAAUUGGUUCAUUGCUUCUCUUGCUAAAGAUGUCACCAUUGUUAAGAGAGUUCCUGAUAAAGUUAUGCGGUCAAUGGAAAAACCUCCAUACACUAUGCGCGUUCCUAGGAAAUCUGCCCCUGAUUAUUAUCUUGAACAAGUGCUGCCAAUACUUUUGAGGAGACGGGUUGUGCAAUUGACCAAGUUUGAUUACAGACUUGCAAAUGACCUUGAAGAAGAACUGCAAAAGCUGCGCUGUCGUGUCAACCAUCAUGCUUUAAAAUUUACAAAACCUAUACAAGAACUUGGUCACAAACUUGUCAAGAGAAUGCGAAAGAUGGCAGGACGCUUCAUUGCGGUUCACUUAAGGUUUGAACCUGAUAUGUUAGCAUUUUCUGGAUGUUAUUAUGGUGGGGGUGACAAAGAGAGAGGUGAACUUGGUGAAAUCAGAAAGCGCUGGGAAACAUUACCUGAGUUAAGCGCUGAUGGAGAACGAAAGCGAGGAAAAUGUCCACUUACCCCUCAUGAAGUUGGUUUGAUGUUGCGAGCACUUGGUUUCGCAAAUGACACAUUUCUCUAUGUUGCUUCUGGUGAAAUAUAUGGUGGGGAAGAAACUUUACGUCCUCUAAGGGAACUCUUUCCCAACUUUUACACAAAGGAGAUGCUUGCAAAUGAAGAGCUUAAACCUUUUCUUCCUUUCUCUUCACGAUUAGCUGCCAUUGACUACAUCGUCAGCGAUGAGAGUGAUGUAUUUGUCACCAAUAACAAUGGAAAUAUGGCUAAAAUUCUGGCGGGUCGAAGGCGGUAUAUGGGUCAUAAGAGGACCAUCAGACCAAAUGCAAAGAAACUUAGUGCUCUGUUCAUGGCAAGGGAUAAGAUGGGCUGGGAUACUUUCUCAAAAAAGGUAAGGUCUUGCCAGAGAGGAUUCAUGGGCGAACCAGAUGAGAUGAAACCAGGGCGUGGUGAGUUUCAUGAAUAUCCACACAAUUGUGUUUGUGAGAAACCGUUCAAGGAUUUUGAGGACAGGGACCAUGUAGAUAGCUCAGUUCACGUUGGAAUAGGUUCAACAACAAAAGUUGAAACUAGACAUAAUGGAGAUGGAGUCAAGGUGACAAUGGGUUAAAAAUGCUAAAAAGUGUGAAGUUGGGGUCUCUGAAAGGGAACAAGGAGAUGGGGUGUUUUUUUUUUUAUUUUCUUUUGUUAAUUUAUUUUUUACCUGGUACAAAAAGCAUCAUGAAAUGGUGGCUAGACUCAUAUCUAUAGAGUGAUUGGAAAUGAUGGUGAGGUUGCACCUUUAGUUUUGGCAAUCCUUCAUCACACGAGCUUGAAAUUUGGAACAGCUCGACAUUUUGAAGCAUUACCAGGUUGCUGCUUGGUGGUGUUGAUUAAGUUGAUAAAGGAUAGAAUUGGACCUUGUAUAGGAAAGGCACUUUACUUAGUUGCAAUUGUUCAUAAUAGUUUUUGCUAGAUAAAUAGCUGUGUAGAAACUAUGUUUGAAGCUUGUAAGUCGAACAAAUCUAAUUUAAUUGUGUGAUUACUGUUGU